CCCUCAUCCAAGAUUUGGAGGCAACAAAAAAAAAAGCAAAGUUUGUUGAUUGUAAAAACAGGGAACCCGCCUGCGUUAUCUCCACAUGUCGUUGUAUCAUUGGUCUCCCUGAUUCUCACAAGCAAUCCUUUUAUUCUUCCUCUACCAAUCAAUCCGGUCCACAAUCACAGAAAAUAUCAAAAAGUUGAAAACCCAAAAGCCAUCGACGUAGGCCCCACUCCACUCCGUUUCUACACCGUCCGAUCUUCCUCUAAUCAGAUCAGGCGUGCCACAAAGUGCUUGUUGACCCGGACGUUACCUCUCUCUCUCGAACACCAAGAACGAAAGGUCCAAAGUCGAAGAGCCAAGGAACAGAAAGAGCAGAGGCAGAGCUAUGCUUGGAUACAUGAACGAAAACCGAAAUAUCGGGUGAUGGAGUUGACGUUUGCAUCUCGGACUUCGAAUCACUCAGCGGCAUCAGCGACGGCGACGGCAACCUCGACGGCUUCUUUUAGCGGGAGGAUUGGCGCUUUCUUGAGAAUCAGUGAAUUUCCAGUGAGAAAGAGGAGAUUGAGCUUGAGUGAUGGAGGCAUUAAUAGAGUUCAACUUCGGUGCGCUAAAGUGUCUUCGGAGAGAAGCAGUGAAGGGAUAGAAGAACGAAACAGUACGAGGGGAGGAGGAGGGUUCACAGGAAGUGCGAUGGAAGUGACCACAUUUGAUCGGAGCUUUAGCGACACUGAGUUCCCUGUUUGGGAGAAGAUUGGCGCUGUGGUUAGACUUAGCUAUGGAAUCGGUAUAUAUGGUGCCAUGGCUUUAGCAGGACGGUUCUUAUGCUCAAUCACUGGAAUAGAUAGCAUGGGAGGUUUUGAAGUAUCUAUAGAUGCCAUUGUUGAAGGGCUUGGAUAUGCAUCUCCACCAAUUAUGGCGCUUCUUUUUAUAUUGGAUGAUGAAGUUGUGAAGCUAUCACCUCAUGCUCGAGCUAUCAGAGAUGUGGAAGAUGAAGAACUUCGGAGUUUCUUUUAUGGGAUGUCACCUUGGCAGUUUAUACUGAUUGUUGUUGCAAGUUCUGUGGGAGAAGAGCUUUUCUACCGAGCUGCUGUUCAGGGAGCAUUGGCUGAUGUAUUCAUAAGGGGCACCAAUUUGGUGACAGAUGCUCGAGGAAUGGCAUCUCUGACUGGUGUGCUGCCUCCAUUUGUUCCAUUUGCUCAGGCAUUUGCGGCUGUAUUGACAGCUGCUCUUACAGGUUCUCUGUAUUAUGUGGCCGCCUCCCCAAAAGAUCCUGCUUAUGUAGUUGCACCAGUUUUGCAAUCUCAGUCUGGCCGCGAAGAUCUGAAAAAGCUCUUUGCAGCAUGGUAUGAGAGGAGGCAAAUGAAAAAGAUCUAUUCUCCCCUCUUAGAAGGACUUUUGGCUCUCUAUCUUGGUUUUGAAUGGAUCCAGACAAAUAAUAUUCUUGUACCGAUUAUUACACAUGGCAUAUAUUCAGCCGUUGUAUUGGGACAUGGCCUUUGGAAGAUACACGAUCACCGCAGAAGACUACACCAGAGAAUCCGGCAGCUAAAACUAGAUGAAAUAAACCCUAAGUAGAGCAUGAAAGAGCUGUUAAUGGAGUAAAUGGCAACGAAACUUGUAUACUACAUGUUGAGAUAAUUAUUUGUUAUGAGAGACGGUAUCGAAGUUUGUAUAAUGUAGAAGUACACUGUAUAGUAGUAGUUUAUAAAAUUACUGUAGCGAUCGUAGGAUGUGAUACUCAUUGAAAAGUGUAAAUUUGUACACAUGCUAGUUUUAUUUUUUGGCAA